ACAUACUGUAAACAUCCAACAUACAGGAACUGUAUGUUAUGAAUCAAGAUGUUCACUUCUCAUUUCGGAUUAGCAUUUUAGAAAAAAAAAUAUUUAUUUACUAUUUUUAUUUUUAGGCCUAUAAACAGCGUGUGUUUGGAUUAUUUCAAUGAAAAUUAAAUCAAAACUAAAAUAAAUACGCUGCAGAUAUUUAAGUUAUUACUGUAAUUUUCAGCACGCGUACGCGUAAGUCCUUCAAAUCAUUAGCGACACAUAACUGUGAAGCCGAGCGUAGCGAAUGGCAUGGAGAUCUCAUUUUAUAUACGAAACGAGAAGUGAUUAAUUGGACUGUAUUCGGAUUAUAUGUCAAGACUAACUUUCAUCUGAACAAUAGUAUUGAAAUACAUAGUACAUCGUCUUUCGUUUGACAUGUAUCUAUAAAUACAGAUUUAAAUACUGGUGUUCAAUAAUGAAUCGGCCUGGCUUUCUGUGAAACAAGCUAAAUAAGAUGUUGACCUAGACAGAUAGAUCUAGUAACGUAAACCUCACUUAAAAACUCGAUUUUUGGACUCAGAUAAUAUUCUAUCGGUAGAAUCGUAAUGUGUUUUAGAGACGUGACUGUGAUAUAUAGAUCCUUAAAAACGCAAACAAUAUGAUAAAACCACAGACCUAUUUGGUUAUAGAGCCAUAUCUAGAGGUUGUUGACAAAUGAAAAACAAAAAUUAGUAACACUAGUCAGCGUCGUAAAAAGGGUCGACAAUUUCUUGAAUAAUGGAUGUACUUCAUACUGUUCAUCAUUCUGUGUCUUCAAUGCACCAUCCAAAUUUUAUCAAGUUUCAGACAAAAUCCAAGCAAGUGGCAGCCUCAGAACAGGGAACGUCUGACAGUUUGGAUUAUGAGGCCAAUCCUGACAUUCCGUCCUUUCAAUCUGGUCAAUUCAUGUCUUCCACUGUGUUGAAAAAGAUUCCGAUCGCCAAACGACACAUGGAUAAUUUUGGUGGCACUAAUGACUACGGCUUACUUUCCAGACGAGGAGUCAUGUUACAUACAGAUAGAUAUCAGCUGGAUUUUAUGAAGUCAAUGGACAGUAACAGCCAACGAGAGAGACUCCAGGCAGGUGUAGACUAUGUCGAGUCUGUCAGGGGCAACAAAAGAAAGAAAGAAAUGCUUCCUCACAGAGCUGAGUUUGAUCUGAUUAUGGGAGGAAAACAAAUCGAGUUUGAAGAAAGAUUUGACAUCAAUCGUGAAAUUCAAAAGCUGAAGGCCAUAGCCAUGCCAACACAUGCAAAAGAUUUAUUUCAUGGCAGAGGAAUUCGAUUACCCAGCAACCACAUGUCCUUACAUCCGAGACACCCAUUACCCAAUGACUUAGAAGAGGAAUUAUCCCAGUCUGCUCCCAAUCCAUUUCAACAUCUACCUCAUCGCAUCUCUGAACCACUGCAGCACCAUCUACCGAGAAUGUUUCGGGACCUCACCUCUUUAGACAGAGGGAUGAACACAAUGAGUUAUGGUUCCUUCAAAAAACAUCCAAGACUUCCAUCUAUCCCUCCAAGAACAGAGUCCACAGGCUCAUCACUCUAUAGUCCUACAACACCAUGGAGUACAGUCACAUGGACAGACGGCAGUCAGCAAGACCCAAGAAUAUCAAUGUUUCAAGAGAGACGCACUAUAUCAAAUAUUUCAGCCAGACUUGGAUUCCAAGGGCGGCUUCAUAGAGAUGUCAUUCCAUUAUCACGUGCUCAAUCCCAAGCUCCACCACCAGCACAGGAGCAGACAAUCAAACAGAAGAAUAAAUUAAUAACAAGAGGAGUGGCAGAGCAAAUGAGCUCUAAGAAACCAAUAAGAAAUAUCUUCAUUCACCAGGCAAGAACUUCACAAUCACAAGAGAAAGAACAAACUGAAGGUCGUGGGCCAAGUUUAUCAUCUUUAGAAAACAGAGAUACACCAGAAAAUCUCAAUAAAUCUAGAAUGUCCAACAAUUUUGAUUUGUUAGAAGCUGAAGAUGAUGAUAGCAUGGAUGAUAAACAUCAAAAGUCUCCAAAGGAUACAAAUUUAACGGAACCACAAACACAUGAAGAACAAGAGCUUAGUCAGACUUUCAAUAGACUAAAUACAGGAUCCAAUAGUUAUUUAGGCUAUGAGCAAUUAAAAAUGCAGUUACCCAAAGUUUUCUCUGAAAAACAAGAAAAAUUCAUGGAAGAGGUGUACAACAUGAUCAACUCUAUGGAAGCCUUUGGAAUCGAUGAGUUUAUGAUAAUGAAUCAGCUUUCUAAAACAAUAGAAAGUUUAAGUGGUAAGGCAUCUGAGGCUUUUGAGUCAAUAGAUUUGGUGACAUUACCUCAAGAGUUAAAAAAAUAUGUAGGUCAGUUCCAGGACAAUGAUACAGCAAACACUAGCAAGAUCAGCAUUGAUUCUUUGAGGAAAAUACUUUCUGCAACAUUUUCAUUUGAUCAAGUCUUAUGGAAUAAAACAUUAGAGUCCAUAUCUCUGGACCAUCCAGACCAAGUCAGCAAAAGUGUUUACAUCGCUCACAUUCCUUUCUUCCUAUCUUUGGAGAAAACUAGCUCAGAUGUAUGAAACUUCAAAGUGUAGGAAACAAAACCUAUGUGGUCUAGAAGUCAACACAUUGAUUGUAACUUGUGUUACUAGAAUAUGAUUUGUUCCAACAGUAUUAUUGUGAUGUAUAAUAUAUCUUUAGAGUUAUUGCUCUUAUGUCAUUAAUGAAUGAAAUCAUGUCAGGGUUAAAUUUAUGUACAAUCAUUUUUAGCUACUGUUAAGUUUACACAGUGAUGUGAAUAUGUUAACUUUGUUUCCAGUCAUUUGGUUUAUUGAAAUGUUUUCGGUCCUAUUUUGUGACGUACUGAUUCAAAUCAUUCUAUAAACUUGUGUACAUUAAAGAAUAAAUGUAUUUCACUUCGAUAAAGAAGUUUGUACCUGAUGUCCCAAGCAACAGAACAACGAUCUUUCAUCUACAUAAGGUAGAAAAUCAGACUAAUUAACUUAUUUGUGUCAAGAUCAUAUGAGCCAGAACAUUGUUAUUACAUUUUUUGUGAUUUUAAUAUUUACUUCCUCUACAUUCAAUUCUAAAUAUCCAUUCAUGAAAUAUAAACAUUCCAGAAUUUCAUUGGAUUCAAAAGACAACUGAGAUUCACACUCUUCUGUGCCUUUAUCAUUCAGUUUAUUUAAAUUAUUCAUCUCUAGUUUUUAAAAAUAAAUUUCUUGUUCAACUUUAUAUGCAAUUAUUUUUUUUUUUU